AUAUAUGUAGUUUGGCACCAUACACCGGGUUAAUUCCAAUUCUGGUUGAAGUCUUACCAUCUUGCUACCUGAUCCUGUUGGCAUUUGAUGUUGGACCGGUGGGUUAUUUUGCUGGCUGCCUGAUCGAAUGGAAGGAAGCGACUUACGGAACCGAACCGACCCGGGCCAGCCGAGGCCAGGUCGAAAUACGACAGACAGCAGCACUCAGACUGACAGCAGAGCAAAAGGUCAUGGCCCCAGGUUGUCAGAGGUAAACCUCUUCACCUUGUUGAGUUUGUGGAUGGAGCUGUUCCCACAGGAGCAACCUGAAGAGGAUGACCACAGUCAGGUCCGUGGGGUGGGUCUGGUGGUGGUGCGGGACAGUAAGGUGGUAGGACUCCACUGUUCAGGACCUGAGCUCCACGCAGGACAGGCAGCCAUCAUCCAACACGGCGCCAACUUGGCUGACUGUCAGCUGUACUUCUCUAGGAGACCCUGCGCUACCUGCCUCAAGAUGAUCAUCAACGCUGGAGUCAGUCAGAUCUCCUUCUGGCCGGGAGACCCUGAGAUCAGCAUGCUGAGGUCCACCUCUCCAAACCUUUCGAACUCCCACAGUCCACCUAACUGCAUCACGGAGGAGGCCGCACUUGACGCCCUGGCAACGGAGAAGCUGAAGUCCAACAGCCGUCCUCACAUCUGUGUGCUGCUGCAGCCGCUGGCUCCGGGUCUGGCGCAGUUUAUCAACGAGACGUCCAGAGAUUGUGAUUUCAUGGAGAGGGUGACUGAUGAUGAACCAAGGCUGAACACAGAGGAACUCUUCAACAGAGAGCGGACGGGACACCUGAAGCGUUUCUCCAGAAGGUUCUUGGCCGAGACUUCUCAGCAGCACCGGGACAUUUUGACCCACAUGGGUCUGGAGAACUUCUGUGUCGAGCCAUACUUCUCUAACCUGAGAGACAACAUGAGGGAGCUGGUGGAGGUUCUAGCUGCGGUGGCCGCCGGGGUGCCACGGCAACACUACGGCUUCUACAGGGAACAGUGUUCAACCCCUGAACCAUCACUAGCCGAGUCAUCACUGUCUCCUGGACGUGAGGAAAUAUCCCAAGCAGGGGCUCGCCAUUGCAUCAUUCAAGCAAGGCUACUGGCUUAUAGAACAGAGGACCCUAAAGUGGGUGUGGGUGCUGUUAUCUGGGCCAAAGGACAGACGGUGAGCAGUGAUGGGACGGGGUGUCUGUACCUGGUGGGUUGCGGGUAUAACGCUUACCCAGCAGGCUCGCACUAUGCCGAGUACCCUCAGAUGGAUGACAAACAGGAGGACAGACAGAGACGCAAAUAUAGAUACAUUGUCCACGCGGAGCAGAACGCCCUCACCUUCAGGACUCGGCCCAUCAAACCCGAAGAGCCCACCAUGCUGUUUGUAACUAAAUGUCCAUGCGACGAGUGUGUCCCUCUGAUCAGAGGAGCCGGCAUCACGCACAUCUACACCACUGACCAGGACAGGGACAAGGUGAAGGGAGACAUUUCCUACCUGAGGUUCAGCAGCCUGAAGAACAUCAGCAAGUUCAUAUGGCAGAGGAGCCCUCCAGCUUAUCCGACGCCCACUCCUCACCAUGCCAACGGAUGCGUUGGGAAGCACGGCAGGCAGGCCUGCCAGGAGAGCCGCAGCAACAAGAAGCUGUGCACCGACAGAUCGUACAAGUCGCCCACUGUUAGCUGAACAUCAGCCACAGGCGGGUGGACAGAUAAAUAGAUACACCAAAAAAAAAAUAAACAAAACAAUGGAAUCAUGUUUUUAGCUCACAGAUUUGAUGUUUUAUGGCUGCAUCAGUACAGCCGGAUCUGGAUCACUUAUUUCCUUCUUUGUAGGCAGGACUGGGAUUCCUUUUGAAAACCAUGUUUUUUUUUGUUAUUUGAUCAGUCCAAAUUCCAUUUAACCAUAUACACUUAACAAUUUUCUUGUGUGCUGUAAAAAUCUGCUUAAGCAUGUUUAUGUUUUAUACCAUGCUGAGUGACAGCAGACCAACAGCAGCCCACUCUGGUACUUUACAGUUGGAGAUUGGUACAGUUACAGUUACACACCUUAAUGGCUUUAUUUAGACUAACAGGGGCUGCUUUAAAGAGGAAUUGUCGGUGGUGGGUGAUUCCCCCCCACGAAACUUUUAGGUCCAGGUUAUUAAAGCUGCAGUAGGCAAUCUGAACGUGCAGAACUGAAAACCUUUCCGCAGAUUGUUUGAUUCAGAUGCAGUUCAAAAUGAGUUCUUUCAAACUAAAUUUAUAAUAAAGUAUAAGACUGUCUGCUGCAGCUUUAAGAGGACAGUGACAAGGUGGUUGGAGAGAAAAGGACAAAAUGAAAAUCACGAAAAUCAACAACAAGUUGACCUCAAAGGGAAACCACCAAGGAAGGAUGGAUGGGAAUAGAUGAGUGGUGGUUAGUGGAGUGGAGGAGGAGGUGAGGAACGCGUGUGGACAUUGGUGAGUGUGAAAUGAAAGGGAAUGAGCGGGAAAUAGAUACCACAAAAAAAAAUACAUAUGUAUUUAAAAUGAUACAAAGUGUGAUAUGUGGAUUUGUUCAUGUCAUUUUAUUAUAUUUUUUUAUAUAUAUAUGUGUUGAAUAGUUUAUUUAAAUGGUGUGAGGUGUAUGGCUGUGAACACGUUCAUACCGUGUGUAUGUACUGUACGUACUUACAGGGUGUCGACUCGGAUAAAGUUUAACCUUGUAUUUGAAAGGCCGUUGCUGUGAGAAUGUUUCUCUUUCUAUAUAUAUUACAGUAGUAUUGUUUUAUUAUUGUUUUUUUAUUUAAUUAGGAUGGAUUGAAAAAUUGCACUUUUCAUGCUCAAAAGAAAGGAAUAAAAUCUCUUUCAGCAUAUUCAGCGUAUUCAUUAUGAAAUGAAUUUACUCAGUUACUAUACUUAAGUACAAUCUAGAGGUACUUUCUACAUUCACUGCAAUAAUUUUCAUCUCAUAUUAUACUUUAUGCUUCACUGCGCUUAUUUGACAGCUCAAGUUAGCAGUUUCCUUAUCAAGAUUUUUAAUUGGUUUAAAUGUCAAUUAAGCGGAGAAAAUAAUCAGCAGUCAUGUACAGAACAGUUCAAAAUGAGCUCCACAUUAACAGUAAACUCUUGCUCUUUACUUUUACAUUUUCCUGAUUCCACUUACUUUUACUCAAGCAACAUUUCCGAUACAGGACUUUUACUUGUAACGGAGUACUUUUACAGUGAGGUAGUAGUAUAUUUACUUGAGCAAAUGAUUUCAAUACUUUCUCCAAAACUGAUUAUUUAUCCACAGUCACUGCCUUAAUUUUCGGCGUGCAAAACCUGCUCUACUUGCACUUCAUACCUUUUUUCUGCUGGUACAAUAACACACUUUUGAAAUGUUCUUUGUGCUUUUGUGCAAAUCAUAGAGGCAGUAAAUGUGAAUGUCGAGCCUCUUGGCAUGACCCAGGGGAAACAAACAGACCCAAAACAUCAUCACCUUAAUGUUAGAAGACAAUAUAAAUAAAGUUGAAAUAAAAUACAAGAGGUUUCUAUCAGAGUGAGAGGAUGAUGUGUAUUGAACACCACCUGCCUGUAAUCAUGUGACAAAUAAGCACACGCACAAAGUUUGCAUUCCCAUCCUUUUAUUUGUGGUGAAUGUGGUACAAUGGCAUCUGUGUGUGUGUGUGUGUGUGUGUGUGUGCGGGGCAGAGGGGGAAUCUGCAUUCAGAGAGGACGCAGGGAAGAUAAUGUAGAGUUCUGCUCAGACCAAAGUCGCUUGUUGUUUUAGUUGAAUUCAAAAUCCAAAGAAAGACUAAGGUGAGUUUGGCUCAAGUGACGAGUCUGGUGUAAAGCUGGUUGCAUCUCAUAUUCAUAUCAUUAUAUUCUGGUAUGUCACAGCUUCUAAUAUUAAAAAAAAAAAAAAAAAAAGCUGGUAUUGAUUUUAUUUUCCACCCAACAA